UGCCCCCUCUCCCCGUCCACCUUACCUCCUUCUGCUCUCUCUCCUUAUCUGCUUACAACUGCUUUACGUUGGAUGCUUGUCCAAACGCACCAGAUCCCUGGAUAGCCACAUCCUCUAACGAGUCUCCGCAGUGCUCUACUAUUUGCCAGGUGUGCAGUCUAUUUGGGUCUUCCAAAAAAACGGCCAGGAGAUCCUAGAGGCACGACCCCGGACUGAAGCCACCCUGAACCUAUCUUUUGAAACCAUCCUCAUGGAAUUGGUCGAGCUACGCACGACAUCUUUGGCUGAGGCAAUGUUUGACAAGCUUGAGCUCCCAAGACCAGUUUACCAUGUGCAUAUGCUUGAGCAAGGCGGAUAUAGGGCACAGAUUGAGUUUCACCGUACCAGAGAGCGUUAUGAUGCUUCCGCACGCCGGACUAAAUUGUUGAGCCAUGCAUGUGUUAGCGGAGAGGCAGCGAUGGAUCAGGCAGCCGAUCAAGCAAUUACAUACAUGGAAAAUAAUGAAAACAAGGUUCUUGCUGAUUAUAACUACUAUCGGCUGCAACAAGAAAAACAAUCUUGUGCAAGGCUUUCAGAUACCUUGUCAGAGAGAACGGAAGAAGUCAACCAGCGCAACCAGACCAUCAUACAGAUGACUAAAGAGGCGUCCAAUUAUCUGGAAGAAGUGCAUGCUGCAUCAGACAAGAUCCAUGGUCUUGCUGCCACUGCCUUAGACCCUGCUGCCAGCCUGUCUCUUUCCACUCUAAAACAAACUAUUUUGGCGAUUCAAGAUUCACUUGUUGCUCUUCAAAGCACUACCGCCGCUGCACGUGCCUCCCUAGAGGAAAAGGGCAUGUACUCAGAGGAUGAUGUGGCUCAACCAACCUACGAUGGGCUUUCUGAUGAAGAGACCGAUGAAGAUUGCCAUCAAGACAUGGAUGAUGACUACGCUCACUAUGUGCGAUCCCCAUGAGCACUGUCUAAGCCCUACUAAGCUGAUCAGCAAGUGAAGCUUUCUAUAUAUAGCUUCAUGAUGACAAUGCUCACUGUGUCCGAUCCCCAUGAGUGUCAUAUUGAGCCUGCUAAACUGUCUCUUUGCCAUGUGAAGCUGUGUAUGUAUGGCUUCACCGCUAGGAAGCGUCUCUGUAUCUGCUGUGUUUAGUCUCCUAGGUUGCUUAAAUAAGAUGCAAAGCUAUCUACUCAUAGCUUUGGCCUAGAAAUCUUUAUCCUUUCUGAACUUGACUCUGGUCAUGUAUAAGUAUGAAGUCUGUGUUGACGUGUUAAUACAAUGUUAUUUAUCUAUGCUACGCCUUUGCUUUUAUCCACUGUGAUUCUUCUUUUCAGUAUCUUCGCUAUAAACAUACAUUCAUUUGCUUUAACCUUGCAAGGCCAAAUCAAUGAACAUUUGCUAGCAUAAUAUACAUAUAACUAUUUGCCCUUUUUACUCAAUUCUCCUUGUUCAUUAGCAGAUCAAAAACAUACCUCUUCAAUCUCAGAUCAAAAAUCUCACAAUGGAAGACAUGGACAUUGGCAUCGUCUGUGACGACGGUUCCCCAGGAUCAACAACAUCAAGGAAAGCAACGCCUGCGCCCAAUGAGAAUGACUAUCUGAUAGUAAUUCCUUAUGCCCACAUAUUCGCCCUGAUGCUGAAAGCUCUGAAGUUACCCCCUGCAACUUACUAUCACAAGAUAUGCCCAGGCGGAAAGAAUCGUGUGACAGUUACUUUCAUUUCUUCUUUGGAAUUGCUCGAUGAUGCACUUGUUCCAAGUUCUCUGUCAGGUGCAAUCUUAGAUAGCUAUGAAGAUGCUGAAGAGAGUGCUGCUAUUGAAGCUAUUAGAUACAUGGAAAAUGCAUAUGGCAAAGAAAUGAGGGACUACCACUACACUCAUGUCAAGAAGCUUGAAAAUCAAGUGACACACCUGGUCAAAUGGUUGGUUGCAUCAAAUAAAACAAUCAAGAAGCUGCGCAAAACAUGCUACUACGCUGUCAGGUAUAUGAGCUCAUAUUCUGCCCAAAUAGAAAACACAACGACUGCUCGGCAUUUGAAAGGGCGGGAUAGCACCAAGGGAGUUAUGAAAACAGCGCUGGCAAGCAUUGAAGGACUGACGCAGAGGCUACGCUACAUUGCUAUGAAGUUUGAGCAGCGCCUCGCAGCAACCAGAAAUAGUUUCUGGUGAGCUUUGGUCAAUGUGUCCUGAACAGCAUGCUUCUGUGGUUACUAAAUCAGGCACCUUUUGUUUCAUAUCGAUCAGACCAGGAUCUUUCGCAUUUUGGCGCACUCCAAGCAAGAUAUGUGUACGCUUUAGUCUUCACUUGCUGCCUCUAUGCUGAAAAGUAGUGUAUGAUAAUAGUCUACGAUCUUU